GCUUUCAUCUCUGCGGUGCUCUCCAAGCUGGCGCUCCUGGGAGCUGCUGCUUGCCUCGUCCUCUCCGGUGUGGGUCUGACCAACGGACCCCUCUGCUUCUACAACACCACCGAGCGUGGCAGUGGGCAUGGUGCCCACUGGGGCUACCCCUUCGUGGACGGCGGUCACCAGGAGCCUGACAUCAGGGCAUGGAACUACCUGUUUGAUCGUCAUACCUGGAGCAUCUGCCUGGAGCCAGAGGGUGUCGUGGCCUGGAACGGCAGCUUCUUCUUGCUCCUGGUGCUCAUCAGUGCUGCUGAGAUGGUGCUGGCCUCCCUCCAGAUCCUCAACGGCUGCCUCGGGUGCCUCUGCGGCUUCUGCGAAGGGAAGUAG